CAUCUAUCCAUCUACAAGUGAAUCCUCUACAACCGAACUCUCCUUGUUCUGCUAUCCUAGUAUUAUAUAUACCUUGUUGCACCUUCAAAUCGUAUCCCUGUUCAACAUCCUUCCUGCUGUUCAUAAUACUCCAUCUCUACUCUGCCCCUCUCACUUCCAGAGCCCGUCUAACAAUCCCAUCUCAAAAAGCAGAACGUCACAAUGAAUUGUAAUCAAUGAUAUUCCUUUUUUCAUUUAUUAUUCCUGGAAGUUACUCUGGUCAUUUCAUCAUAGAAUCAAAACAUAAACAUGGUUCACUGGCGCGAGGAAUAUUUUGCCGCAUUGGCAGUUCGCGAUGAAAGCGAAAAAGCCAACAUUUCUCUAUACGAUGCUUACACUCGACUCGCCGACCGGACCAGCCGCACGGCGACAACAACUACUCCCAGUGGUCCCCAACCUGACGUCGUCGCAGGAGAAAAGAAACAACGGAAACCAUCAAACGAGCCUGCUGCAUCCAUAACGGACAUCCUCACCGCUACCCGUGCGGACCUCUCUGAGGCACAGCGUUCUCGCUCUGAGCUGCAGGGCCGGCUGGAUCGAGUCACUGCGGACCUGGGGAAGCUUCAGAAGCGGAGCGCGCAGGACCAACGCCGCAUCAGCGCCCUGGAAAGUGAGAGAACCAACCUGCGUCUUCGUUUGAGGGAUAGGGAUGAGGAAUUGAGGGGAAAGGCUAAAUUGCUAGAUGAUUUCCAGGAUGAACUUGCAACGCUGAAUCUCCAGCUAAAUAUGGCCGAGGACAGGACCAGUCGGUUACAGCAGGAAAACAAGGAACUGGUUGAUCGAUGGAUGGCUAGAGUAGGCAAGGAGGCAGAGGCCAUGAAUGAUGCUUCCAAAUUCUCAUAA